AUGGGCCAAACGCCAUCAUCAAACCAGAACGAACCUUCUCAUCUGAAAGAAGAAGGCAAACAAUACAAGGGGAUUACAUUUAAUAGUGAAGAAGAACUACGGGAAUCGUUUAAAAGAAGAAUUCUUUGUCAUUUUACACCAUUAGAAUUGGUUGCAUUCAAGAAAAAAAUUGGUCAUGAACAAACCGAUUCCGAAGCUGGUGUGGAAUAUAUUUCCAAAAAUGAAUUGACGAACUUGCUACAUUUGCCAAGGGAAAACGUACUCUUGGUUGAUCUUACUUAUAAACUGAUUGCAAUUUUGAGUAAUUUCCCACUUUUGAGGGAACCACAGACCGAAGUUACAGAGAUUGGGUUACUAAUGUGUAUCAUUCUACUUAGCAAGGAAAGGUGCCAUCGAUUCAUUGGUUCCAAUACCUAUGACCAACUUGGAUUAAUUUUUAUUGCCAUGAGUUUGGACUACGCUGAUAAAUUAUUGCCAUAUGCAAGGACUCCGAAAAAAUUGAAUGUAGAGGAACUACUACGAACUUUUGAUAAUAUACCGAUUGAUGAAUUGGAAAUUCCUGCACCUGUUCUUUUGCAGUUUCUUUCUUGGGGGCUACUCCUUUUAAUCAAAUGUCCUACUUCUAAUUGUCAAUUAAAGCCAAUAAAUGAAUUCUAUCAAAAUUGGUCCUCCUACGAGAAAGCCGCGAAGAACAUAAUACGAUCUAUGGAUCAGUCAAUAAUACGAAACCUUACUGAUGUUCGAAUAAACUAUACCCAAUUUUCUGAUGUAUUUAAGGCAGUAUUACCCAAUUUUACGACACCUUUAGAGAGUUUAAUGGGCCACUUGCUCUAUAUGGAUUCAGACUUGAUUGACCAUGAAACGAUGCCCAUGAAUAACUCUAAAUUAAUGUCAGAACCAUUAUUGGCCCAGCUAGCUACCGUUCUCCCCAAGGAACUAUUUUUAUCGAAAUUACAGAAACUUUACGUUGGUAGAGAGAGUGGAUUUUCCAUGCGAUCGUUACAAUCCAAAUGCUUCAAUUGGGAGGCACCUUCCAUUCUAUUAGUGAGUGGGAUGUUAAUUAGUGAUGAUUUACAAUAUGCGAAGGAGAAGAACCCACGAUAUGGGAAAUUUCUCGAACAGUAUCCGAAAUUGAAAGAGGAACAACAACAUUUAGAUGCCUGCCAUUCGCAACGUAAGAAAGCCACUUUCGCUGUAUAUAUCGAUGAUCCUUGGAGAGUCACCAAUAAGGAAUUUUUUGGAUCCAUGAAUUCCAUGAUUAUUCAAUUAGCACCACGACAGGAUGUGUUCCAUGCGUCCAAACCGAAUAUGAUUUAUUUCAAUACUGUCGGUGGUGGUAUUGGAUUUGGUAAUAAACAGCCGCUGAUCUCCAAUGCACACAAGAAAUAUAUUCCGGGGAACGUAUCGCUUACCAUAGAUAGUACGCUUGAAUUUGCCGUAUUUAGACAUAUUGGAUAUGGUGGUGCGUUUAAACCAAGUGCCUUGCUUACGAAAAGGGGUAAAGAGGACGAAUCAUUUGAGAUUAAAUUCAUUAUACAGGAUGUAGAAGUAUGGGGUUGUGGUGGGGAGAAGGAAUUACAGGAGCAAAUUAAGAAGUUAGAAUGGGAGGAAGCUGAAGCCAAGAGACGCCAACAUAUUAAUUUGAAAAGUUUAGGAGAAGACCGAGCGCUAUUGGAGAUGGCUGGGCUAGUGGGACAGAGCCAAAGUGGAGGCUCCAUGUGA